AUGGAUGCGGUUGAGAUGUACGCGGAGAAUACAUAUUCUACAUUAAUGUAUUUGACAUUAGCAGCUUUACCUCUUCAAUCUAUGGCAGCAGAUCAUGUUGCAAGUCAUAUUGGUAAAGCGGCUGGAAUUGCUGCAGUCUUAAGAGGUUUGCCUCUGAUAGCAUUUCCGCCACCACCAAAUCAUCAUAGCAACAAUGCAGCCUUUGGGGGUGCUCUUGGUGGUAGUGCUGGAGGCCGUCAAGGUGCAGUUGUUCUACCGUUGGAUGUUAUGGCAGAAUCUGGUGUCAAAGAAGAAGACGUUUUAAGACAUGGAGCUGAAGCUCCUGGCUUAAAAGAUGCUAUAUUCACAGUGGCGACAAGAGCAAAUGAUCACUUAAUCACCGCCAGGGAGAUGUUGAAGAAUCUCCAAGCAGGUAAAGAUGCAGGUCACGAGUUCGAGCAUCAAGGUGAGGAUGGUCACUACUAUGCAGAAAGUGAAAACACCCAAGUUAGCGAUAUAGAAAGAGGCUUUGGCGUUUUCAUGCAAGCAGUUCCUACGAGAUUAUGGCUUGAGAAACUGGAAAAGCUGGAUUUCGACAUAUUUAGGCCGGAACUGCUGGCAAGAGAAUGGAAGUUACCAUACAAGGCAUACUGGGCAUAUACUCGACGAAACUUUUGA